AAAUUAACCAAAUUUCGUACAAACACCAUGAAGCAAAAACACUUUAUCCAGCUAAAACCUUGCUGAAAGAGUGAAGUGGGCAGUUUGAGGCGUUGAAACUAAAAUCUCGUUGUAACCUCAAAUUUUUGAUACAAUCAGUCUACAGAAAUUAAUGAUGCACACAUGCUGUGCAUUUUCUGUUACUCAACCACAUUAUCAUCCUUAUUCAACCUCAAAACCGUGGGUGCAACAUAUAUGUCCUUGUCCUUUGUUAGCAUCUCAAUUUGUACUCAUUCCCAGAAAACAAUCGAGGAGUGGUUACAGUGACACAUUGCAUUCUGACACCCCCCAUGUCUUUAUUCCUAUGGCAUCCUCAUCGCGACCACCUUCAUUUUCAUCAUUAGAUAUUGGUGUCAAUGAUAUCUCCACUAGCUCUAGCAGCAGUAAUCAAGUUUUCAAGAAUGCUGCUAAAGGUUCUGGGACUACAGCUAGGGGAAGAAGAUUGCUCAAAGUACGUGAAGAAAAGAGGAAACGUGAAUACGACCGUGUUCACAACUAUCCUGCUUGGGCAAAGGUCUUGGAGGAUGCUUGCAGAACUGAUUCUGAGCUUCGAGCCGUUCUUGGUGAUAGCAUUGGGAACCCUGAGUUGAUGAGGAAGAGGGUUGAAGAAAGGGUUCAAAGAAAAGGCCGUGAUUUCCAGAAGUCCAAGACGGGUUCUGUUCUAGCAUUUAAAGUCAGCUUCAGAGACUUCAAUCCUGUGGAUUCUUACAUAUGGUUUGAAUUACUUGGAGCACCAUCUGAUCGGGAUGUUGACCUUAUUGGAAGUGUCAUUCAAUCUUGGUAUGUCAUGGGCCGCUUGGGUGCAUACAAUCAGUCUAAUUUGCAGUUGGCUAAUUCAUCUAUGGAGUACAAUCCUCUCUAUGACGCAGACAAGGGUUUUACUGUGAUGCCAUCAUCAUUCCAUGAUAUUAGUAACGUUGAUUUUCAGGAUAAUUGGGGUCGUGUUUGGGUAGACCUUGGUACAUCAGAUUUCUUUGCCGUUGAUGUACUUCUCAAUUGUUUGACUGCACUGAGCUCAGAGUAUGUUGGCUUGAAACAAGUUGUGUUCGGUGGGCGCAGUUUGGGUGACUGGGAAGAAGGAAUGACAAGCCCGGAAUAUGGUUACAAGUAUUUUAACAUCUAACACUAGACUAAAUUGGCCUUUUUCAGUGACCUAGAAUGUUAUUAUUUCGUAGGUGGUUAAUGGAAGUUAUAAAGAUGUGUGCUCAGCAUUUUUAUGUGAAAUGUUUUACUUGAUAUAACUAAAAUAAAAUAAAAUUUGUGCUUUUUGCUUCA